UCGCAUCCGGUUCGUGAGGAGACUCAGAUCCACAGAAAAAAAGCGGAGAAAGGAAUCUAAAGCUCGGACACAGAGGCGGAAAACGGAGUGUGUGUGUGUCCCCGCGUGUGUGUUACCGGCUUACAUCCGUGUGUGUCACACACACACACACACACUGAGGGAGGAGCGGAGUGUGAGCACUGAGAGCGGAACCUGAGGGAACCAUUUCAGUCUGAGCUCAGCUAACAGGCUAAUGCUAACCUAGUGUGUGUGUGUGUGUGAGAGAGUGAUUGUACCGGGUUAUUAGCGGUAAAACACACACACACGCGCGCGCGUGUUUAUAUAUUCGUAGUGUGUGUGUGUGUGAGUGUGUGUGUGUGUGUGUGUGUGUGUGGCGGUGAUGGCGAGCUCGGCCCUGUACGCCUGCACCAAGUGUAACCAGCGCUACCCGUUCGAGGAGCUCUCUCAGGGACAGCAGCUCUGCAAGGAGUGUCGGAUCGCCCAUCCCAUAGUGAAGUGCACCUACUGUAGAACCGAGUUCCAACAGGAGAGCAAAACCAACACCAUUUGCAAAAAAUGUGCACAGAACGUCAAGCAGUUUGGAACACCAAAGCCGUGUCAGUACUGUAACAUCAUCGCAGCGUUCAUCGGGACGAAGUGUCAGCGCUGCACAAACUCUGAGAAGAAGUACGGGCCGCCGCAGACCUGUGAGCAGUGUAAACAACAGUGUGCCUUCGACAGGAAGGAGGAGGGCCGGAGGAAGGUGGACGGGAAGCUCCUGUGUUGGCUCUGCACACUCUCGUACCGCCGCGUUCUACAGAAAACUAAAGAGCAGCGCAAAGGCCUCGGCUCGUCUCACUCCAACUCAUCAUCACUCAGUGACAAGGAGCACCGUCACCACCGUCACAGCACCAAGUACACACACACACACACACACACACACACCGUCACAGCACCAAGUACACACACACACACACACACCGUCACAGCACCAAGUACACACACACACACACACACCGUCACAGCACCAAGUACACACACACACACACACACCGUCACAGCACCA